AUGCAACUUGUCAAUGAGUUUUCUAAGGUUAUGCAGGGUGAGUUUGAGAUGAGUCUCAUGGGUGGGUUGAAUUACUUCCUUUGGCUUCAAAUCAAGCAACUCAACGAAGGGACAUUCGUGUGUCAAACCAAAUAUUGCAACGAAUUACUAAAGCGAUUUGGUAUGGAAGAUGCAAAAUCAAUUAACACUUUAAUGCCUACAAAUAGAAACUUGGAAAGGAAAGAAAAUGGUAAGGAUUUUGAUGUAAAAAAGUAUAGAGGUAUGAUUGGAUCUCUUCUAGAUCUUACUGCAUCUAGGCCGAACAUUAUGUUUAGCGUGUGCAUGUGCGCUCAUAAUCAAUCGACUCAUAAGGAAUCUCAUUUAAAAUCCAUAAAAUGCAUUCUUAGGUAUCUUCAUGGUAAUUCUAAGUAUGGGCUUUGGUAUUCUAAGGGAACUGAUUAUAAUUUUGUUGGUUAUAUCGAUUCUGAUUUUGCCGGAUGUAAAUCGGAUAUGAAGAGUACCCGUGGAACUUGCCACAUGUUUUUAAAUUCCUUAGUAAACUGGAAUAGUAAGAAAUAG